ACUGAUUCCGUUGACAUUGCAUGGAAAGGUGGGGGAGACGAGAGUAGUGUUAUAAAACGUGUACGCAAGAACUGAGAAAAGUUGUUGAUUCCUGCUGUAGAGUUACAAUAAUCAUUUAUUGUAACGUCUGGUGGAGUCAUGUAUCGGCGACCGUUGCAGUCCGCCUUCAAAAGCAUAACUAGCACUUUUGCAUCCAGUAGGACCAUCCUCGGAAAGGCUGCUGAUCCAGAUGCUUACUUCUCCAAAGCUUUGGUGCCUUGCCGUUUUACAGUAUCAGGAGACCCCAGUCAGACACAAUGUCGAGCUCUUCACAUCACAAGAGAGCUCUAUGCUACUAAACACACCCCCCAGGCUUCAGAGGAAGAGGUUGGAGCUUUCACCAAACUCAUCGAAGCCAUGGGCUUCACCGGGCCCCUCAAAUACAACAAAUGGAAAAUUAAAAUAGCUGCCUUGCAUAUGUACACUUGCUGUGUUGAAAGAAUCAACUACGAUGAGUUUUUUGAAAAGUUCUCCCUCCCCGACACGCUCAACUCCUGGUUUCUGGUGGCCCAGCUCCACGUUUGGAUAUGUCUGGUGCGGAUGCGGCAGGAAGGCAGAGAAGGCAAAUACAUGUGUAGAUACAUCGUCCAUUCCAUGUGGGAAGAUGUGGAACAGAGGAGCAAAAUCAUGGGGGUUGAUGCCAUUAACAGGAAAGAGAGCAUGAGAGCAAUGACGGAGAUGUUCUACGCUGCUCUUUUUGGAUAUGAUGAAGGGAUCCUGUCAGAUGACCGUGUUCUUGCAGCAGCGCUGUGGAGGAAUCUGUUCAACAGGCAGUGUGAAGACCCCAGACAGCUCGAGCUCGUGGUAGAAUAUGUCCGCAAACAGAUGCAGUUUAUUGAUUCUUUGAAUGGGGAGGAUCUUCUCCUAACCGGAGAGGUUAGAUGGCGCCCUCUGGUGGAAGAAAAUGCACAGAGCAUUCUGAAGGUGCACCCCAACUACAAUGACACUGGUCUUUAAAAACCCACCCAGAAAGGCUAAAGUACAAUAUAACAGUGAUGUCUGACUCAAUCACUAAGUCUUGUGUACUGUCCCCAUCCUCACAACCUCCUCUAUCUCUCUUCUCGCCAAAUCAGUAUACUGUGAUAGGAGUACACACACUCUUGCAUAAACUCUUUACCUCACACUUAUUGAAGGUAUAGGGCAUUAUAUCGCAGAAAUGUUUCUACUUUUAAUUUAUAUAAUUACAGUAUAUUUCUGUAUUUAUAUAUAUAUGUAUGUCUUUCUGAAGUGCUGCCAUAAUAUUUAUUUGUGUAUUUUUCUUGCCCUCACUGUACAGUGAGGCUCUGUCUAUCCUCUCUCAGUGUGUUAGGGGAAGGUGUGUUGCAUAUGUGUGUUUGCUUGCAUGUUUGCCAGGUUCAUAAAGCUGAAUGGAAUACGUCUGUUCUUUAUUUUAAGUAUUACAAAUAAAGGUGUUCCUCAUGGUCA